AGGACCGCGGAAAUGGCCGGGGUUUUUGACAUCGACCUGGAUCAACCGGAUGAGAAUGUCUCGGACGACGAACUGGAGGACGGGGGCCAGCUGAGUGAAUACAUGGACCAAUGCAGUGGCUUUGAAUUUAACAUGGAUGACUGUGAGAAGUUUGAGAUUUCGGAGAACAGUGUGAACAAGGGAACGGAGCAGAUCCGGCCUGAGUGCUUUGAGCUGCUCAAAGUUCUUGGAAAAGGUGGUUAUGGAAAGGUGUUUCAAGUUCGUAAGGUUUCAGGUUCCACCUCUGGGAAGAUAUUUGCCAUGAAAGUUUUAAAGAAGGCUAUGAUUGUGCGUAAUGCAAAGGACACAGCACACACCAAAGCUGAGCGGAACAUUUUGGAGGAGGUGAAGCAUCCUUUCAUCGUGGACCUCAUCUACGCCUUCCAGACGGGGGGAAAGUUGUACCUCAUCCUGGAGUAUCUGAGCGGUGGGGAACUGUUUAUGCAACUGGAACGAGAGGGCAUCUUCAUGGAGGACACGGCGUGUUUCUACUUGGCUGAAAUCUCAAUGGCGUUGGGGCACCUGCACCAGAAAGGCAUCAUCUACAGAGACCUGAAACCUGAAAACAUCAUGCUCAACAACAACGGACACGUGAAACUGACAGACUUUGGUCUAUGCAAAGAGUCCAUCCACGAUGGAACCGUGACCCACACCUUCUGUGGAACCAUCGAAUACAUGGCUCCAGAGAUCCUGAUGCGUAGCGGACACAACCGAGCGGUGGACUGGUGGAGUCUGGGAGCGCUCAUGUAUGACAUGCUGACAGGAGCACCUCCGUUCACUGGUGAAAACCGAAAGAAGACGAUUGAUAAAAUCUUGAAAUGCAAACUCAGCCUUCCACCUUACCUCACACAGGAAGCCAGAGACCUCCUGAAGAAGUUGCUGAAACGAAACGCCUCGCUGCGACUGGGAGCUGGUCCAGGAGACUCAGCUGAGGUCCAGGCUCACCCGUUCUUCAGACAUAUAAACUGGGACGACCUCCUCGCCCGUAAAGUCGAGCCUCCGUUUAAACCCUUUCUGCAAUCUGCAGAUGACGUCAGUCAGUUUGACUCCAAGUUCACCAGCCAGACGCCGGUGGACAGCCCCGACGACUCCACGCUCAGCGAGAGCGCCAAUCAAGUCUUCCUGGGUUUCACAUAUGUAGCCCCAUCUGUGCUGGAAAACGUCAAAGAGAAGUUCUCCUUUGAGCCAAAGGUCCGCUCACCACGGAAGUUCCCAGGAAGCCCCAGAACACCUGUGAGGUAAAAGAGUUUCCGCUGGUUCAUCUGGUUCUUUUUAAGGCCGCCGGUCACUGCUCCGUUUAUAAAAGGCCUUUGUCAGAAGAGUUCGUUUCCCAAGUAGCCGUGGGUAGAACUGUCCAUUUGUUUGUACAAUAGAGACAUUAGAUACUUAGUGUGAGUUUUUACUAGACAUCCUCUGUAAACAGGAUGAAUUAGGAGCAUCUUGGACCAAAGUUCGAACAAAUGAUCAAAAUAUUAUCACAGUGUGGCUGAGUGUAAAGAAAAGUUUUAUAAAUCGUGUUUUUUGACACAAGGGAACAGACCACUUUAUGGAUUCUGGAUGCUUUUACGU